GGGUGGCAGCAGGGAUUUCACGCGCAGGACGGGGCGGCGCUGAUGAGGGGCGCUGCGGGCCGAUGGCCGCCGUGUGCGCGGCUCCUGCGUCUGCUUCACGCAACGGAGCUCCUGGCGCGGCUCGGGAUCUCCUGCGUGGGACUGGGGCUGCCUGCUCCUCACCGAGCAGGAGAGGCAUUUCAGGCUUCGUCUGAGCCUCGUGUCUGUCUGCGGCCCCUGCCAGAAACCGGAGAUAAACAGGAUGAGCUCAGCGGUGCCGCUCCCAGAGGACGGCAGGAUGAGAGGCCGCCUUGUUUUCACGCGCCUCGCGCGGCCGGCGGCGCAGGGCUGGGGGGGGAGCGUUGCUCCGGGCCGGCAGGGAGCGUCCAGGGCUGCCGUGAGCAGCAGGCGGCGCUCCCUGCGAUGGGCGGCGGCCGGGAGCUCGGGGCGCAGCCGGCCGGGGGAGCUUGCAGAGCUUGCAGAGCUUGCGCGGUCCUUGUGAAAAACGAAGCUCGUCCUCGAGCGGGACGGCUCUGCAAGUAAGUAGGGACGGUGCGUGCUGCGGUCCCGUCCCACGGUGUGCCGGGGUGCUUCCGUGCGGCGCUCCUGCCCUGUUGUCGCUCCUGCCUGCUGUGAGCAGCCGGCGCUGUGCUGCUCUGUGCUCUGUCGCUGGGAUGCGCCGCGGUGCUGCCGAGCUGCUGCCCGUGCUGAAGUUGCUCUCGGGGGCAGCUCUGCCUCCUGCCCGCGUGGAGGCGCUCCGUCCGUCUGCACGGCGCCCCCUGCGCGCACGCCGGUGGAUGUCCUGUGGUGUUUCCGGGCUGUAGGGGCAGCAGAGCGGACCUGUGGGGCUCACUGCCUGCUCACGGCACCCGCGGCCCUGCGGCGCCAUCCAGAGCUGCGCUGCCAUCCCGGGCUGCGCUGCCAUCCAGAGCUGCGCUGCCAUCCGGUGCUGCGCUGCCAUCCCGAGCUGCGCUGCCAUCCAGAGCUGCGCUGCCAUCCGGUGCUGCGCUGCCAUCCCGAGCUGCGCUGCCAUCCCGGGCUGCGCUCCCUGCCCCUUCCUGAGAGCCCGGCUCCCCGCGCGGUGCGGCAGGAGGCGGCGCUGCGGGAGCGCCGAGCCGAGCGCUGGGAUCGGUGCUCCUGAUGUCGCUGCCCUGUCACGCGUCCCACCAGGUGAGGUUGGGCCGUCCCACAGCAGCGCGGCGCCGGCCGGGCCCACGGCGCGGUGUUGGGGUGGAGGGGUGAGGAAGGAGCCCGCUGUGGUUGCCCACCUCCCUGCCUGCUGCAAACCGCCUGUUUUCUGCCCCAGUGGUUUCUGCCUAACAAAUGGUGUUUCUUUUUUACAGCGUUAUGAUCCUGGACUUGUUGUGGUGAUGGUAAACUUAGCAGUGGUAAUUUUUAAUUUUCAGACUGAAUUACUCCUUUUGUCAUCAGUGCACCAAUAUGUUAGGCUUACUUUCUCUGUUGUAGCCAUCAUCCUUCUGCUUGGUCUUUCAUUUUCCUUUCCUUUCUUUAUGCACACUUGUCUGAUCCUCGUUCAUUAA